GAAUACGAUUUCAAAUCUUGGGCUAGAGCCACCCGCUACAUUGAGAUGCUCCGCUCCUUCCUUCUCCAGCCACUGAACACCGAGAGCGAGCGUUUCACUGUUUCAGUAUGGGAGUUGAAUCCCUUCUGAAAUUGGUCUUUAAUUUACUUCCAAGAGCCACAGUCUGCGUUGAUUUUGUACCUCCGGCUUCUUUUCCUGCGAGAAAUCUCGUUUCUCCGGUAAACCUCACAACCAGACGGUGGACUCGACCUCGGCUAGUUCGAGGAAUUAGGGCACUGUCCACCAACACUCGUAAUUGCGGCACUGAUUAUCUGGCGCUGACGGACGAGCAGCUGAUGAGUCAGUGUGAGAUGAACACUUUCAAGGCCUCCGGCCCCGGCGGCCAGCACCGCAACAAGCGCGAGUCCGCUGUCCGUCUCAAGCACCUUCCUACUGGGAUAAUCGCUCAGGCCGUCGAGGACCGAUCGCAGCACAAGAAUCGUUCCUCAGCCCUAGCGCGCCUCCGCACUCUCUUAGCUCUCAAAGUCAGGAACACCGUAGAUCUUGAUUCGUAUUCACCACCUGUGGAGCUUCUUCAAAUUCUUCCAGCAAAGUCGACCAUUAGAGGAUCGGAUUGUGGUUCACAAAUUGGACCAAAUAAUCCAAAAUUUGUUACGGGAAUGAGAGCUCUAUUGGAUCUGAUUUUAGCAGUUAAUGGUUCUGUAUCAGAUACGGCAAAGUUGUUGGGGCUGAGCACAGGGGCCCUAUCACGGUUGAUUCUUUCAGAUGAUUCUCUUCGAAUGGUAGUGAAUGAACUAAGGACAUCCAAGGGUUUGAAGCCUCUGAAGUAAGGGCUGCGGGGAUAGCAAUUAUGUGUCGCAGAAUCUCUGUAGAGGUUUGGAACUAUUUAAGGGGUUGGCUUGGUUGGUCUAGAGCCAUGACAACCUUAAAAGCAGCCCUUAAAUGGUUGCUUAAGGAAGCUAGAGGGAGUGGAAUUCAGACUGUUGCUAAGAGGGCUUGCUUGGCCACGAGUGUGUACUGUUAAUGGCACUUCAGAAACUGAAGAAAGUUUGAAGGUAGUGUCACCCCGACUGAAGCAAUUAUGAGGUUUAUUCAGAUGCAUAUUUACAAAACAUUGUAUGAGAAAUUCCCCUUCCUUCUGGGAUAUGGAAACUGAGUUGGCUGGAUUUUCUGUUGAAGAUUAAGUCAGCAGAUGAGUGUUAGGUUGGCUGAUUUUGGCAACUUGUACUAUGGUCUUGCUUCUUUCAGUUGUCCUGUCCUCUUUGAUUGGCUUGGUGGCCCCAAGAUAUGCCUAGGUUUGGUUGUAUUUUGAAUUUCCUUUCUAUUGUUCUUUUGAUUGGUUUGAUGUAACCUUUGAUUGAAACUUUGUUGUUUCUUGUUUGGGAGCCUUGGCCUCCCCUUCUUGGUUAUGCCUAGUGUAUUUUGUACAUAUCCUUUUGAUCAGUAUAAAUUUACAUUUACAGAUCAAAAAAAGAAAUAAAACCAAGCCUUAUGUCCCACUAGUGGGGUAAGCUAUAUGAAUUCUUUUCUACCAAUUAAUGCAAUCAUGGAUCAUUUCUUUUGACAAA